UAUCUUUCAUAAUAGAAACACCAAAACCAACUUUGAGAAAACAUGGGCUCUCAAAUGGCCUUUAUUACUCUCACCAUUGCAUUAACAUUACUUUCUCUCACUUUGCCAUCUCAAGCAAACAACUACGUCUAUUCAUCUCCACCACCACCACCUAAGCCUUACUACUACCACUCUCCACCACCACCGGUGCACUCACCUUCUCCACCUUACCAUUAUAGUUCACCACCACCACCAGUGCACUCACCUCCUCCACCUUAUCAUUACAGUUCACCGCCACCACCAAAGAAGUCAUACAAAUACUCUUCUCCUCCACCACCAGUUUACAAAUAUAAGUCACCUCCUCCUCCCGUUUACAAGUACAAGUCACCACCACCUCCGGUUAAGAAACCAUAUAAGUACUCAUCACCACCUCCACCAGUUUACAAAUACAACUCACCUCCUCCACCUUACAAAUAUAUAUCUUCUCCUCCAACACCUGGAAAGCCAUUCAAGUUCCCACCUCCUCCUCACAAAUAUAUAUCUUCUCCUCCAACACCUGGAAAGCCAUUCAAGUUCCCACCUCCACCAACACCCGUUUACAAAUAUAAGUCUCCUCCUCCACCUGUAUACUCACCUCCUCCUCCUUACAAGUACAUAUCUCCCCCAACACCAGGAAAGCCAUUUAAGUUUCCACCUCCACCAACACCCGUUUACAAAUAUAAGUCCCCUCCUCCACCUGUCUACUCACCACCACCAAUUUACAAAUAUAAGUCUCCUCCUCCACCAGUCUACUCACCACCUCCACCACAUUAUGUCUACUCUUCACCUCCUCCACCCGUCUAUUCCCCACCUCCACCACAUUACAUCUAUGCAUCACCUCCUCCUCCUUACCACUACUAGAUAGUGGCUUACCAUAGUAUCCCAUGGAUUUGAGGGAAAUAUAUAUUGGAAAUAAAGAGAACAUAGUGCAAAGCAGGAAGAUGCAUUUCAGUUUCACAAUAUACAAGGAAAAAAACAACGGAAGGAAAGUUUCCAUGCACUAUGUCUCAAGAAAAGUCGCUAUUCUUUUCUCAUUUGUUAUGUUAUGAAUUAUUAUUCUCAUUAUUAGAGUGCUUGGUUUUUGAAUUUUGACAAUUGUAAGGCACUGUGUGUAAUAUCAUAAAUGAAUAAAGCUUUUUUAUUUUGCAACUCA